CACAAUUCAUAUUCCCAAACUCAUGAACUAAAUUGUCGAUCUACCGUUACUUAAUAAAAUCGCUGGUUAACCGCCGCUGCAUUCUAAUUUAAGAUGUAGUAGGGUCCAAUGAGAUGAGCAUUUUGGAUAAAAUAAAAAGUGGAGAUGGUCGUCCCAAAAAGCUAAACGGACAGUAUCAGAAAAAGUCACUCUGGUGUAGGAAAUGGAAAUUGGUUUUUAUUGCGAUGGAUCAUUCGUUGGUUGGUCCUGUCUGUGGAAGGACGACGAUCAACGUCACAGAGAAGCAGCACCUACCAAGGAGCACAAAUUCACAUAAAAAGCUGUCGCACCACAACUAUAUUUAUAGCACUGCUCACUUCACUCUCUGCCACUGAAUGAGCAUAGUAUCUCCUAUCCCAGGCUUUUGUGAAAAAAAAUGGGAUACAAAUUAUUGUGCCUCAUCCUUGUAUUAUUAUUGGCCCUCCACCCUUCUUCCUCUCAACACUCCUCUCUGCCUCUCAGGGCCGUCAAUCUCGGAAACUGGCUCGUCAUUGAAGGCUGGAUGAAGCCCUCUCUCUUUGAUGGAAUUAUCAACAAGGAUCUUCUGGAUGGAACUCAAGUGCGAUUGAUGUCAACAAAGUUGCAGAAGUACCUCUGUGCAGAAAAUGGUGGAGGAACUGCCCUUGUUGCCAACCGCACGAGUGCUUCGGGUUGGGAAACUUUCCGGCUGUGGAGGGUGAAUGAAUCAUAUUUCAAUUUCAGAGUGUCCAAUAAUCAGUUCGUGGGAUUGGAGAACCAUGAUGCAGGGGGCAGUUUAGUGGCCAAUUCAGAUUCGCCUACCGACUUGGAAACGUUUCAGACUAUAAGAAGCGAAGAUGACCCCACCUUAAUUCGUAUCCGUGCGCCAAACGGUCUGUUUUUACAGGCUAUUUCAGAGGACGUGGUAAGUGCAGAUUAUGAAGGGUCAGGUUGGGAAGACGAUAACCCGUCUGUAUUCAAAAUGACCACCCUUAAGGACAAGAUUAUAAAAGGCGAGUACCAAAUUACAAAUGGUUAUGGCCCAGACAGAGCCCCCAAAAUCAUGCGGGAUCACUGGAACACGUAUAUAACUGAGGAAGAUUUCAAGUACAUAUCAGAAAAUGGUUUAAAUGCUGUGAGGAUUCCAGUUGGAUGGUGGAUAGCGUUUGACCCAACACCCCCAAAACCAUUCGUGGGAGGGUCUCUGGAAGCAUUGGACAAUGCCUUCACAUGGGCACAGAAGUAUGGCUUGAAAGUAAUAGUGGACCUGCACGCUGCUCCGGGUUCACAAAACGGCAAACCCCACAGUGCCACCAGAGAUGGAUCUCGCGACUGGGGAGAUUCUUAUAUACCACAAACUGUAUCAGUCAUAGACUUCCUAGCUGCAAGAUAUGGAGACAGCUCGAGUCUGGCAGCAAUAGCAUUAAUGAAUGAACCGCUAGGAGUUAAUUUGGAGAGCCUGAAGAGUUAUUACCAAUCAGGGUACGAUGCUGUGCGGAAACACAGUGCCAGCGCUUAUGUGAUCAUGUCUAGUCCAUUGGAUAAAGGCUCCAGAGAGCUCUUAUCUUUCAUCGGAGGUUUUGAGGGAUCAGCUAUUGAUGUUCAUUAUUACAAUCUGUUUUCCAAUUCCUUCUCCAAGAUGAACGCGCAGCAGAACAUAGAUUACAUUACUAAACAGAGAGCUUCUGAUAUCAGUUCUCUGACUUCUGCUAAUGGACCCCUCCUUUUUGUUGGGGAGUGGAGUGGUGACUGGCUGGCGCACGGUGCAUCCAAGCGAGAUCAUCAAAGAUUUCUGGAGGUGCAGGUGGAGGUGUACUCGCGGGCCACUUUUGGAUGGGCUUAUUGGGCCUACAAAUGUGAUGCCGACUACUGGAGCCUCAAGUGGAUGAUCCAGAACAACUUCAUCAAGCUCUAGCUAUCCACAACUUUCAUCUAUGCAUUAGGGCUAGUUGGGUUUGGGCCGGUGUCUGACCAAAAAGGAAAAACCUUUCAUGCAUCCAUUCUCCAAGCCCACAAAAGCCUUCUGGAAAGAAUAUAGAUGAAUUUCCUUCCUACAUAUAAUUAUGAUGAUGGGCUUGAUCGGUCCAACCAUUAAGGUGGAUUAUCUAGGACCAUUCCAUAAAGCUUCUUGCUUUCCUAUCUUUCUUUCACAAAGUUAUGUAAUAAAGUCACUGCCAACUGUAGAAAUUGAAGUCAGUACAUGAUUAUAUAUUACAAAAACAGUC